AUGUGGACGGACGUCGAGGCCGAAUACAAGGCCUGUUCCGCGGUGAUGGCUGACGAGGAUCCAGAAAUCCAAGCGGACAUCCGGGAAACAUAUGGCGAAUGCUAUGGGCCACCGUUCGAAGCUAUCCAGGAACAAGUCGCGGGUUUAAACCAAACCGUAGCGGCUGAGGCGCAAAAGCGUUGCCACUUCAUGAUCGGGGCCGCCUCCAGGCCGGGCCUCAAGAUCGAGACCACGGCAUAUGUUCUGCCUCAAUUAGCAGGCAACCUUCCUUCAUAUCCGAUACCGCAGCACUUCUUGGAGAACCUUCCAAACCUCCAAUUGGCAGACCCUUCCUUCCACCGAAGCUCGCAGAUUGAUGUGCUUCUAGGCGCUGACAUCCUUCCUGCUAUCCUGUUGAGCGGCUUCCAGUCUGCCAUUUGUGGCUCGCUGCUGGGACAAGAGACCAUCUUCGGAUGGGUCCUAUCCGGUCCGGUAUCAGCUGACUCGGCUCGGACGGUUUCCGCCUUCACCACGAAGCUCUCGUUUAAUUCGGAUGUCCGACUCGAGAAGCUUCUCACCAAAUUCUGGGAGGUGGAGGACCUUCCGGGGAGACCGACGAGCGAGUCCGAUUCAGUGUGCGAGGAAAACUUCCUCCAGACCACUAAACGAACCCCCGAUGGGAGAUACGUGGUUACUCUCCCUUUCAAGUGUCCAGAAAAAGUCGAGCUAAGCCACUCCAGAAGCGCGGCCAAGGCCCAGUUCCUUAGAAACGAGCAGCGGCUGCAGCGGAACUUGCCGCUCAAGAAGCAGUACGACUCCGUCAUUCAGGAAUAUUUAGAGCUCGGCCACAUGACAGCGGUUACACCUAGUCAUGAUUCCGGCCAUUUCUACCUGCCACAUCACGCCGUGUUUAAACCCGACAGCACCACAACCAAAUUGCGCGUAGUCUUCAACGCCUCCAGCCCGUCUUCCAACGGGAAAAGCCUCAACGACACGUUGCAUGCUGGGCCAGUCCUUCAGUCUGACUUGACCAUGCAAAUUUUGAGGUGGCGCGUCUUUCGCUACGUUUUCAAUGCCGACAUCAACAAGAUGUAUCGGCAAAUCCAAGUGGCUUCCCAACACACGCCCUAUCAGCGAAUACUGUUUCGCGACCGUAACGGGGACGUGUGUGACUACGAGCUCACCACUGUCACUUUCGGAGUCAACUGCGCACCGUACCUCGCCCUCCGCGUCAUCAAGCAACUCGCACAAGAGGUGCGUCCACAGCUGCCGAUGGCAAGCGUCAUCCUGGAGAGCGACAUGUACGUGGACGACGUGCUCGCUGGUGCUCACUCUCAGUCUCAGGCAAUUUCCGCCAUUGCUGAACUACGCGAAGCACUCGACUCUGCAGGGUUUCCGCUCCGAAAGUGGACAGCUAACCAUAAGGGCGUCCUGCGCGACAUUCCAGUCGACCACUUACUCCGCGCUGACUUCCUAGAGCUGGAAGAGAGUAGCAUCGCUAAGACGUUGGGAAUCCGAUGGCAAGCCAGUGCCGACGAGUUCUUCUUUUCGCCUCCCGCCUUAAACGAGCGAAAAUCCUGCACGAAGCGCAAUGUGCUGUCCCAGAUCGCGCAGCUCUUUGAUCCAGCGGGAUGGCUUGCCCCCUUCGUCGUCCAAGCGAAAAUAUUUAUGCAGGAGAUUUGGUUGAGAGAGUUAGGAUGGGAUGACGUCCUUUCUAACGAUCUGUCUCAAGCCUGGGAGACAUUCCUGAAAAGCUUUCCGGCCAUCCAAGGGAUCCGCAUUCCGCGGUGGUUACACGUCUGUCCGAUGGCCAAGGUACAGAUUCAUGGGUUCUGCGACGCGUCUCAACGUGCCUAUGGGGCAGCGAUUUGCGUCCGAGUUGAGCGUCCGCAGGGCAUUGUGUGUACCCUUCUCACAGCAAAAACCCGCGUUGCCCCCGUGAAAACAGUCUCGUUGCCUCGACUCGAGCUGUGCGGAGCUGUCCUUCUGACAGAACUCUCCGUGGCCAUCCUUCCUCAAAUGCCGCUCGACGCCAGCCAGGUGUACUUUUGGCCUGGUUGA